AUGGAUUACAACUUCAGAACCUCAUUUCUAUGUGAACCAUCCAGAGAUGACCCAAGAUCAGCAAAUACAGAUUUUAAGCCCAGCCAAGGACCUGCUCUCCAAAAGGCAGAAGAUAUCUCUGAGUUUCAGAACACUAAGCACAGCUUAUUUCAAAACACCAGGGCUUCCUGUGCAAGGAAGGAACUGCAAAGACUCUAUAAGUCAUUUCAUUUAUGGCUGCAGCCAGAAAAACACAAAAAGGAUGAAACUAUUUUUCAGGUAGCUCUGGAACAGUUUAUGAUCAAUAAGCACUGCAGUGAAAGGUCUACUUUGAAAGAGAAAUGGGAAUCAAAUGGUGGAAACCUGGAGAAAUUCAUGGAAGACCUGAGUGACGAUGGCACGAGGCCACCUGGCUUAGUGAAAAAUGUCCAUGUCCACAUGCAGGGAGAGGAAGCCCUCUUUUUUGAGAUUAUGCCUUUAAAAGAAGUCAUUGUUCAUCUAACAAAACAGUUGUCAAUAGGAACCACAGCAGGGGUAAACAUGGCGACACCCUCCUGGACUGUGCAAAAUACUUCCCUGGAAACAGGACAAAGUGAGUGGGGAAACCCCAGGUACCAGAGAAAUGAAGAUAAAGAAAAUGGUGGCAACAUUUCUUUGAAAACUUGGCAAGUAAAUGACAGUAUUACUAGUCCAAGCAAUCAAGCAACUUCCCUACUCAUUAUCCAAGAAGAGAACAGUCUGAGGCCUGAAGAAGGAGGUGUUUGUUUGGAGAAUCCUCUCAGCUCCAGAAGAGCUGGUCCAGGCCCUUUCAGGUCCCAGGAAGGGUCCCUGAAAGGACCCUCUUAUCAAGAUGUCCUUAUGGAGGUGGAACCAGUGUUUCUUUCCAAGCCAGAACAGGUCACCCUUGAGCCUGUUUCUACCCACCAGAGCACCGAGGGGAACUCUGCACAUGGGGAACACCAAGAAAGAGUCCAUGGAGCCCCAAAAGUAUACAAAUGUGAGACGUGCCCCAAGAUCUUUAGGUAUUCCUCUCGGUUAAAAGUUCACCAGAAAAGACACAAUAAUGAGAGAACAUAUAUUUGUGCCAAGUGUGGCAAAGGCUUCUUCCAGGCAUCAGACCUACAUGUGCAUCAGAGGAUUCAUGCAGGAGAGAAGGCUUUCAUGUGCAGCGUGUGUGAAAUGGCCUUCAGCCACAAAACCAACCUUCGGGCUCACGAGAGAAUCCACACGGGAGAGAAGCCCUAUGUAUGUUCCCUUUGCCAGAGACGCUUCCGCCAGUCCUCCACCUACCACCGCUGCCUUAGGUUUCACCAGAAAAUUGCCCUCAAAAUUGUUCCCUCUUGGGACUUCUCUGGAAUGUGA